UAACCUGCCCCGUUUCCCCUCCCACAUUCCGCUGUCCUCUCCCACAUAUUUGGGUGCCCCUUCCUUGUACCUCGGGACCCCACCCACUGAGCGCCGUCUCCUCCAGACGCCGCCCCCACGCGCCCCGGGGUCCCCCUCUUGCCGCCAGCCCCUCCCGUCGGUGGAGCGGAGCGUCCCUGCCCUCCGCGUCUGAGCCCCAGACCUGCGCGCCCGGCCCCUCGGGCCGCCCUCGGGCACACCGCCCCCUCCGGCCAACCGGGCGCCCGGGGUCCCCGCGCGCUGCCGCCAGGGGGCAGGAGAGCCCCGCCCGCCGCGAGCCGGAGCCCCGGGCAGGAGAGACCCCAGGGUGCCGCGGAGCCCAGGUUCUGGCCCGCGUCCAGUGGGACUUCUUCCCCGCCCCCUCCUCGGGAGGCAGCCAAGGCGGGAACGCCGGCCCUGGAAAGCCCGGCAGGGGCGGGGACUGUGGGUUUCGGUGGAUCUGCGCGCGGAACCCUGAAGGGAGCGGCGAUUCCGGGAAGUGGCGGGGGGAGGGGGUCCAAAACUGGCCCCGGGCCCCCCUUUCUCGAGCCUUCUCGUACCCCCCCGCCAAGCCCCCACGGUGGGGCUUCAGGGGGCCCAUUGAGAAUGGGGCGCGGGGUGAGGGACGCGAGGGUGAGCUUCCUCGGCCCGCGGUCCGGGACCCUAACCCGGCCCACUUCCUCUGCCCCUUUUCUCACCUCGGCUGUUGCCCGGAGGCCAAAACUAGAGCCGAGGAGGCCCAGGUCCUCCGUUCCCCCCCCCACACACACCCCCCACCCCCACCCCCACCCCUGCUCCUCUUCUGGAGCCGGGCAGUGGCCGGUGAUGGGAGCACCCGCGGGAUGUCAGAGGGUGGAGUGAUCGGAGCCCACGUACCCCACCUGAGGGGCCAGGAACGGUUGGAGAGGAGGAGGAAGAGCUCCUUCCCGAGUGUGUUCCGCCCCCUCCCCACCCAGCUCACCACCACCAUGACGCCGCGCUUCCUGGCCCCUUGCUUCCUCCUGCUCCUUACAGCCCAAGACACCGCUGGCACCUCGUCCCUGACCAUCAGCCCUACCUCAAGCUCGGCCUCCGCCCCAGGACUCCCUGACACCUCGCCCCUGACCACCACUGACAGGUCAUCCUCGACCACCACUGACACCUUGUCCUCGACCACCACUGACUUCCCGUCCCCGACCACCACUGACACCUCAUCCACCACUGACACCCUGACCACCAAUGACACCUUGUCCCCGACCACCACUGACACGUCGUCCCCGACCACCACUGACACCUCAUCCCUGACCACCAAUGACACCUUGUCCUCGACCACCACUGACUCCCCGUCCCCGACCACCACUGACACUUCAUCCCUGACCACCAAUGACACCUUGUCCUCGGCCACCACUGACACGUUGUCCCCGACCACCACUGACACGUCCCUGACCACCAAUGACACCACGUCCCUGACCACCAAUGACACCUUGUCCUCGACCACCACUGACUCCCCGUCCCCGACCACCACUGACACCUCAUCCCUGACCACCAAUGACAUCUUGUCCUCGGCCACCACUGACACGUUGUCCCCGACCACCACUGACAUGUCCCUGACCACCAAUGACACCACGUCCCUGACCACCAAUGACACCUUGUCCUCGGCCACCACUGACACCUUGUCCCCGACCACCACUGACACGUCCCUGACCACCAAUGACACCACGUCCCUGACCACCAAUGACACCUUGUCCUCGACCACCACUGACUCCUCGCCCCUGACCACCACUCACACCUUGUCCCCGACCACCACUGACAUGUCCCUGACUACCAAUGACACCACGUCCCUGACCACCAACGACACCUUGUCCUCGGCCACCACUGACACCUUGUCCCUGACCACCACUCACACCUUGUCCCCGACCACCACUCACACCUUGUCCCCGACCACUACUGACACAUCGUCCCUGACCACCAAUGACACCACAUCCCCGACCACCAACGACACCUUGUCCCCGACCACCACUGACACGUCGUCCCCGACCACCACUGACACCACGUCCCUGACCACCGCUGGCACCUCAUCCUUCACCAGCAGCCCCGCCAGCCACAGCGCCAGGACCACCACCAGCGCCACUAACCACAGUGUGGAGCCCGUCACCUCCUCCAAUCAUAAGACUUCUCCCCAGUUGUCCAUUAGGAUCUCCUUUUUCUUCCUGUCCUUUUCCAUUUCGAACCUUCAGUUUAACUCUUGUCUGGAAGAUCCCAACACCGGCUACUACCAGGAGCUGCAGAGAAACGUUUCUGAGUGGUUUUUGCAGGUUUAUAAUCAGGAAGAUUUUCUGGGCCUCUCCAGCAUCGAGUUCAGGCCAGGAUCUGUGGUGGUAGAAUGCACCCUGGCCUUCCGACAGGGCACCACCGAUGCCCUCAACGUGAGGACACAGCUUGACGAGCACAGAGCAGAAGCAGCCAGAUACAACAUGUCCAUCUCGAGUGUCCGUGUACGUGACGCGUCAUUUCCUUCCGCUGCUGGGUCCGGGUCUGGGGUACCCGGCUGGGGCAUCGCCCUGCUGGUGCUGGUGUGUGUCCUGCUGGCACUGGCCAUCGUCUAUCUCGUUGUCCUGACCGUGCAUCAGUGCCGCCGGAAGAACUGUGGGCAGCUGGACCUCUUUCCGCCCCGCGAUGCCUAUCACCCUAUGAGCGAGUACCCCACCUACCAUACCCACGGGCGCUACAUCCCCCCUGGGAGUACCAGACGCAGCCCCUAUGAGGAGGUCUCCGCGGGCAACGGCGGCGGCAGCCUCGCUUACACGAACCCGGCGGCCACCUCUGCUGACUUGUAGGGCGUGUUGCCUGCCCUCGUCCAGCCGGUGCCAGCUGCCUCCCCCGGGCUCCUUGCUGCCAGGCCUCUCCUCUCAGCUCCGUCCCGGGCUGGUGAGCUGGCAGUUCAGCUUGGGCCACUCACAGGCCCCACCACGUCCCCUCACCGGCCUCGGCCCUGCCGAAACCCAUUGGAGCCCCUUGGGGACAAGCCUGGGACAGUGGCUCCCAGGAAAACAGGCCCAGAGAGCCCCGAGAGGGAAGUUAGCCCCAGAAUGUGGCUGAAUAAAACGUGGACCCCCUC